CAGCAGAGGCACUGAGCUGGGAGCGGCGGAGGCCCUUCCCGCAGAAACUGGGGGCACCGGCGGCGUAGGAGGUGGAGGAGGCGGAGGACGCACGGGUUGGAGGCGGCGGCUGCGACUCAGCGGCGCUGGGAGUCGGAACCGCGGCUGAACUUGGGCGCCACGUUCCGGGCGACAGCAGGGCGAGGAUGGUGAACACUCGCCGCCGCUGACCCUGCCUUUCCUCCGCUCCUCCCAGCCUGCCUGCUCCGGCGCUGGUCUCCUCCCCUGGAGGGGUGGGUGAACCUGCAAGCUCCUUACCCACCCGAGGACUUUUUUUUGAAAGGAAACGAGGGAGUGGGCAUUGGGAAAGAGGGAGAAAACGCAGGGGAGCUCGUCCAUCCAUAGAGGCACAGUUCACUAUGAUCUUACUCGCAUUCAGCACUGGAAGAAGGUUGGAUUUCGUGCAUCGUUCAGGGGUGUUUUUCUUGCAAACCUUGCUUUGGAUUUUAUGUGCUACGGUCUGCGGAACGGAGCAGUAUUUCAAUGUGGAGGUUUGGCUACAAAAAUACGGCUACCUUCCACCAACUGAUUCCAGAAUGUCAGUGCUACGCUCUGCAGAGACCAUGCAGUCGGCUCUAGCUGCCAUGCAGCAGUUCUACGGCAUUAAUAUGACAGGAAAAGUGGACAGGAACACAAUUGACUGGAUGAAGAAGCCUCGAUGUGGUGUACCAGACCAGACAAGAGGCAGCUCCAAAUUCAACAUUCGUCGAAAGCGCUACGCACUAACUGGCCAGAAGUGGCAACACAAACAUAUCACUUACAGUAUAAAGAACGUAACUCCAAAAGUUGGAGACCCUGAGACCAGGAGAGCAAUCCGCCGUGCCUUUGAUGUGUGGCAGAAUGUAACUCCACUAACAUUUGAAGAAGUUCCCUACAGUGAACUAGAAAAUGGCAAACGUGAUGUGGAUAUAACCAUCAUUUUUGCAUCUGGUUUUCAUGGAGACAGUUCCCCCUUUGAUGGGGAGGGAGGAUUUUUGGCACAUGCCUAUUUCCCUGGACCAGGAAUUGGAGGAGAUACUCAUUUUGAUUCUGAUGAGCCAUGGACACUGGGAAAUCCCAAUCAUGAUGGAAAUGAUUUAUUCCUUGUAGCAGUUCAUGAACUGGGGCAUGCUCUAGGACUGGAGCAUUCCAAUGACCCCACUGCUAUCAUGGCACCAUUUUACCAGUACAUGGAAACAGACAACUUCAAGCUCCCUAAUGAUGAUUUACAGGGCAUCCAGAAAAUAUAUGGUCCACCUGACAAGAUCCCUCCACCCACAAGACCUCUACCGACAGUGCCCCCUCACCGAUCUGUUCCUCCGGCUGACCCAAGGAAAAAUGACAGGCCAAAACCUCCCCGGCCUCCCACUGGCAGACCUUCCUAUCCAGGAGCCAAGCCCAACAUCUGUGAUGGGAACUUCAACACUCUAGCUAUUCUUCGACGGGAGAUGUUUGUUUUUAAGGACCAGUGGUUUUGGCGAGUGAGAAACAACAGGGUGAUGGAUGGAUACCCCAUGCAAAUUACUUACUUCUGGAGGGGCUUACCUCCCAGUAUUGAUGCAGUUUAUGAAAACAGUGAUGGAAAUUUUGUCUUUUUUAAAGGUAACAAAUACUGGGUGUUCAAGGAUACAACUCUUCAACCAGGUUACCCACAUGACUUGAUUACCCUUGGGAAUGGAAUUCCCCCUCAUGGUAUUGAUUCUGCCAUUUGGUGGGAAGACGUUGGCAAAACCUAUUUCUUCAAAGGCGACAGAUAUUGGAGAUAUAGUGAAGAAAUGAAAACCAUGGACCCUGGCUAUCCAAAGCCCAUCACCAUCUGGAAGGGGAUCCCUGAAUCACCUCAGGGAGCUUUUGUCCACAAAGAAAAUGGCUUUACCUAUUUCUACAAAGGAAAGGAGUAUUGGAAAUUCAACAACCAGAUACUCAAAGUAGAACCUGGGUAUCCAAGAUCCAUCCUCAAGGAUUUUAUGGGCUGUGAUGGACCAACAGACCGAGAUAAAGAAGGACUCAGCCCACCAGAUGAUGUAGACAUUGUCAUCAAACUGGACAACACAGCCAGCACUGUGAAAGCCAUAGCUAUUGUCAUUCCCUGCAUCUUGGCCUUAUGCCUCCUUGUAUUGGUUUACACUGUGUUCCAGUUCAAGAGGAAAGGAACACCCCGCCACAUACUGUACUGUAAACGCUCUAUGCAAGAGUGGGUGUGAUGUAGGGAUUUCUUUUUUCUUUCUUUUCCAGGAGUUUGUGGUACCUUGAGAUUCAAGACAAGAGCUGUUAUGCUGUUUCCUAGCUAGGAGCAGGCUGUGGCAGCCUGAUUCGGGGCUGACCUUCCAAACCUAGAGGGUUGCUGGUCCUGCACAUGAGUGGAAAUACAUUCAUGGAGAAUCUUCCAUGAUGCUCAGUAUCUGCCGUUCUUCAGUCCUCUGUCUUUCUUUGUCAUUCAGUUCUAGGCCUUUCCUCUGCACGCUCAAUGCCCAGUAAAAUUUCAGGAUUAACUGCAGAAGAGGAAAAACAGAAGAAAAGGUUCUUCUUAAGUUUUUAAAAAUACUUUUCCUUCUGAAAUCUGAGCCCAUUUCUGGGAGAGAGAGAGAGAGAGAGAUAAAGAGAGAGAGAGAAAACAAAAAGAGCAAAUCAGAAAACCCAUAGGUUUUUGCUUUAAAACAAAAGAAGAAAGAGUUUUAAAAACAACAAAAAUCCACAAUUGAACUUUCAGGAAAGUGUGAAGACCCAAAACAGCUUUGUCUCCAAAGAAGAUAGCUCUGUGACCACUAUGGAUAGUCUCCUGCACAUCGUUUUUUUCAGGUGGGAGAUCUUGAACAGACAUGCAGGACUCUAGACUGUUGGGACAGCCAUUUUCCAACAAACAAGGGGCCAAAAUAUCUGCAAUAUAGUAACAGCCUUAAUAAUACAUGCAUUUUUCGUUUUCUACAGCUGUUCUCAGCUUUGUCCACAACGUUUCAUCACCUCCAUACUCAUAGCUAUUUUCAAACAGGACCUUUUGAUUGUUUUGAAAUGUUUCUGAACCCCCUCUUGCCUCCUGACCCAACACCAUUGUGAUGUUCCUGCCAGUUGUGUUAGGCCUUUGUCCCAGGCCUUCCAUUGGUCUGUCAGCAAUACUCAGCAGAAAGCAGAGCAAGAAGCGUGUGUCUCUGAAGUAAUUAAGUGAUGGUUAUUUUAUAAAGACAUGGGACUCUGUGCAUACAUCGGUGUAACCCUUUGAGAACUAUCAGACCAGGCUACAGAGUCAGGUUAAUCAGUCUUGCAGUCUGAUCAUUGGUAGAACUGGCCAACAGGGAAAGCCAUCACAGGUUCAACAAGUUCAGAUUUGUAAAGCAUACCUUAAAUCCCAUGUAAAUCUUUAAUGACUGACAGCAACCCAUAAAUGGUUUUAUAACAAACAACAGUGAUGUGACUUGCCAAAAUUUUUCUGGCAAAUAAAAAGAGAUAUUUUGUUAACAGUAUCUUAUGAGAGUGAAAUUUUAUUUGGAUAAUUGGUUAGAACAACCUAAGCCUUUUCUCCUUCAGACAUACUGAAUUUUUUUAAUUUAAAAUCCAUUGCAUGAAAAUUCUAUUUGCCAUAAAAUAUGCAGUUAGCAUUGUGGGGUUAAAAAGGAAUUAAAACAAUGACUCUGAGUUUGCAUGAAUAUCUUCCAAUGCAUUACCAAUUGCAUGUCAGCCAUAGUUCUCAAAGGGUUGGUGUGGCUUCUGGCAUUUAGCCAUCCAUUUGAUCACUGACAGAGCCAAGAGACACCAAAGCAUUCCAUUGUUGAGUGUCAUUUGUCCUAACAGCAGUAUUGUCAUUUUCAUGUGACCUGCAGAGCAGGUUUGUAUCAAUAUUUUUUUCCUAGAGAAAAGUCAGCAACUGACAGACCUCUAUUGAUUUUAGGAGCUGCUUCUUGCAGUGAAAGGCUUUACAGCCACAGGGCUGUGAACUUAUUAGAGAUGGUCAGAAAGAAAGCACCCCAUGAGUCAGACAACUGGCUUUGUGUGAAAGCCAGCUUUUGAGGGGAUUAGCUUUUGAAACAAUGAACAGCUUGCCUUGAAUUUGAUAUUGAUCUGUUGACUGUCAUUAACAACUUAAACAUUGUCUUCUGUGAAAAAUUUCCCUGAAGAGUCCUGUUCUGUGUCUUUGCCCUUUGACCUUUAACUUGCAAACUGGCACAAACUGAAGGAAAUCUGGUGUCACUUCUCCAAAACCUAGUAAGCAAGAGCUGUUUCCUUAGAGUGAAGAGAGAGUUUGGGUAUUGGAUCUGCAGGUGGACGCUUUGCUCUCUACAUGCACACUCUGAAUAUGCCCUAUAGGUAGAGGUAUUUUUUAAUUUUUUUCUUUAAUUUCAAGCUUAAUUUCAUCAUUUUAGUAAAAAUUACAAAAAAACAUAGAAAAAAAAAAAAACCUCAAAUACUUGAAUGGCCAGUGUGGCUUUUAUAUAAAGCAGGAAUUUUAUACUAGUGAAAAUUUCUUACUCAUUUGCUAAUAAUACACAUUUCCAGAUGAUUUUUAAUGAGUGUAGGUAUACAUUCUUAUUUGGAAAUGGAUAGUUUGGCUGCCUUGAAUUUAUAUUUAUACUCAACAUAGCAUGAAAAUUAGAAUGCCUUUUGGUUAAACUACAUGUUUAUGAUUUGGUUGGGGAAAAUAUUUUCUAAUCAUGGGUGGCAUGCUGAAAAGCCUUGAAAACUGGUGUUUCCUACAAUCUGAGCAUAUAUCAUGUGAGGCUAAGUCAAAAUGAACAGCUAGGAAAGAGGAAUGGCUUCAUAGCACCGCAUUAUGAAAUGCAGAUUGUACUGCAACAGGACAUCAAAGAUUUGAAUGUGAGGGUCAAUAAGAAAGGGGAGGGCAAGGAUCAGCCCUGUAUUUCUACUUCAAGAACUUCCUUUCUAGGUGAUGCUAAUAUUAUAGUUAGUUCCUACAGAGCAUGGAGGACUGUAUACAUAAGCCUGUUUAUACAGUGUUUGCUUGUUAGAGGGUUUAAUCCUUUCAGGACCUUGAUGUCAAGGAAAAAAAUGACUGGAAACUCUUUUUUUCUAAUGAUAGAAGUGAGGAGCUGUAACAUUUUGGGACAUGUGCAAAUCAUUGAGAAACUCCAUCAAUGUGCGUUGAACUUUUUUUCUCUCUAAAAUCAAAAAGAACUUUAAUAAGCAAUCUAUUGCGUCUUUACUCAUUCAUCACAGUACAAGACUGUAAGUACCUAAGGGCUAGAAAAUAAUCAUAGCAUUGAAAAGGAAGGAAUCUUCAUUAUGCUUGAAUUAUGACAAACAUCAUGGAUAUGAUUUGGGUUGUGUUGCCUUGAAUAUGAGAAGUCUAUGUAUUAAAAAAAGGCUUAUAUGUCUACUAUCUUGCCUAAGACAUUUAUAAGAUCAUAAAUGAUAAGAACUAAGUACAAUGUAAUAAAAAUCACUGGGGUUCCUUUGUUCAUUGUGUGCCAGGCACUUCAUUCAUAUGGUUGCUGACUCUUCUUACACUUGGGAUUUGUUUAGAAAAGAAAAGAAAAGAAAAAUAUGGCAACGCUUAAGAAAGCAUGAAAAUGAAAAUGAUUAAUUAAUCUAGCAUAUGAAAAUAACAAUUUAAAUUUAAGAAAGGAAGUUCUCUGGAUGAGGAACAUAAUGUCAGUUCAAUAUUAGUGAAGACAUGGAACCAAUCAAGUUUUUCCUGUCAUCUCUAAAUAAGUAGCUCAGACCUACUAUUUCCAAAACUGAAAUGAAAACAUAUUCAUGUUCAUAAAAUAAUUCAUCUGUUUCAUUAUUUGUAUUACUUUACCAAAUAUUGAAGACAACUGUAAACAAGGUAAUGGUUUUACCUAAAGUGAAUUUAUAGUUAAUAAUUUCAGAUAAAUAUUGUUUCUCCAUAUAUUAUUAAUCAGACUAAGUGAAAUAUUAAGAUGAGUGAUCAGUUUGAAUUUUCUAUAAAGCAGUAGUUCUGCAUCAGUUCUGUAGAGAAAGUUGUGAUUUUAGGUACCUGAUAACCCAUCUGAGAACCAAGUUUUCUUCAGAGACGGCGACCACAGCAGGUGAAGACAGACGUUCACUGACAUGGCAGAGGUUACAGAGCUCAAUUAGAGAAUAAUAGGCGCUGCUGGCAAAUGUAGUUUCUGUUCCUAAGCAGAGAGCAAUGCUUUUCUCAACCAAAUGUAACAAAGUACUAAGAAAUAAUCACCAAAAGACAAUUACUAAGUAUUAAAAGAUAGAGACAGCUUUACUGAGAUAAGAAAAUGUUUGUUUCUCAAGCUGCCUACAGUCUCUUUUAUCAACACAUAAUUUGGCUUUUCAAAUACUGUGCAUUUAUUUUUAUUUCAUUUCUGUGAAUGAUUACAAUGCAAUGUAGUGGAUAUAAGAGCAUCGCCUAGAUUCUACUGCUCAGUGUGAUAUCUGAAUGAGAGUGUAUAUACUGGAUCCUAGGAAGAGUAAUGUAAUAUUCUCAAGUUCUCCAUGUUGUGUUGAUAUCUCUAAUAUGGCACAAAUUCAGAUUCUUGUUAUGUGGACCUUACAGUUGAGUAACUGGUGCGCCCAUAUUAAUUGAACUCAAUGUGCUAUCUGAAGAAGAAUAGAUGUUAUACUUGAAUAGAAAUGUUAAACAAAAGUCAUGAAAAUAACCAAUUUUUUAGGUAUUUGGUAUUUAUUUCCAGAAACAAAUAAAGGCAGUGAUUUGAUGAUAGUUUUGAGUCUGUGAGAUUGUAGUAUAUAAUGAAAUAAGCCUGGGGAUGGUGAGAAAAUAUUUACAGUAAUCACAGCAAAAUGUUUAAUUCUUUAUACCUUAAAGAGCAUGUUCCAAGAUAUCAUAGACACGACAUACCAUUUAAAGCACAAGUGUGACAUUCAGAUGACCUAUGGCAAAGAGCUACAGAUACAGUCUUCACUAAUCUAUGAUACCACAGAAGGGGUCAAGGAACUCAUAGAGUAGAAUCUAGCCAUUCUUUCCAAAGGCAUUCACCUCCACAAUACUGAUGUAUAACAACCCCAGGAAACAAGUGCCAGAGUCUAAUGACAGGUUUCCUGUUGCCUGAGUGGAAAGUAUAGCUAUGUCAUAUAGUUGAAACAAGUCCUUUUUAAGGCUAAACUUAGCAAAAUAAACUAACAACCAAGGAUAGUACCACACCAUUAAUAUGAAAGCUACAUUUUAUAAGUAGAAUGAGCAAUGGAGAAGGACAAAACCAAUCUUUUAUAAAAUAUAAAGUCAUACUCUAGCAAUCUAUAAUAUUACAACUGGAAGUUUUACUUUAGCAAGAACAAAAAUACUAGAGGAAAAUGAAACUUCAAGCUCUUCACACCAGUGAUGAGUAUGUUAUUUAUCAAUGUAUAUACUUAGUCAGUGCUCAUUAGAUGUGACCCAUGUAAAUGCAUCUGAUACUUAUCCAUUGCCUCAUAAACCCAAAAUGUUAAAAAUAUGCAUUCAGUAUCCCCAGUCAGAGAGAUGUUAGAACCCUGUGGGAAAAGCCAUUUCUCUAGGAUAGAAAUUUACCUCAAUAAUCAUAGAACACAAAACACUUGGCAUAGUAGCAAAAGUUGCCUUAGUGUUCUAGUCUGAUCUAAUUGUAGACGUUGUCUAUAAUGCACCACUGACAUCGUUUAUCAUGUCUUUCUAUUGGUCUAAGUUUGAGUUGAUUUUUAAAUAUUUCAGGUAAGGUUAAUAACAUCUAAUUAUCUAUAUCUCCUUCAACAUGUCUACUCUGACAUAUAAGUCAAUAGUAUAGAAAGCCUAGAAUGAAUAUUGACUUGACAUAUUCACAGAAAUUCAGAGAAAAAUCACUGGUGAUAUUUCAAAAUUCCCAUCUAUUUUCUGGUAGGAUCCAGAAGUAGCAGCUUUCAGUGUUGGAACAUGGCUAUGAACUGAUGACAAAACAGGACAUACAUCAUUUCUUCAAAAUAAUCUAGUAUUUAUAGGAAGCAGUGAUAGAAGACUACGAGAAGUUUAGUGAUAUAAUGAAGGCUUCACAGGCAUUAGUAGUGAAUGCUUUUUAAAGAAAAUGGGGCAAAAUCAGUACUUGUGAUCAGUACAUUGUAAGCAUAAGAAGCUAUAUAUGGAGGACAUUCAUAUAUGGAGAGAUCUGAGAUUCUAUGCCUUUCAACUGAAAAAGCAGUGUGUCUUGGAAUUUUUCUUAUAUUAACAUAAUGAUAUUAUUCAGAUGUGUGCUCAACGUGUCCUUCCAUGAAAGGACAUGCCGGGCUAUGCAGGAAAACAUAUCACAAGCUGGAGUGUUGUGCUGAUUCACAUGACAUUGCCAUGUGCUCUGCUACAGAGCUGGAUAGUUAUGCCCUUAAGAAGGGAAGAAAAUAUCAAAUAUAAAUAUAACUCUUUCCUAUUCUGCCACUUAGCUUCAAAGUAAGAUAUCACUAACUUUUAUUUCACUGAGAAAAUGGAAAGAAAGAAUGGUAAGCAAGAAUAAAACAAACAAACAACAAAAUCCCAGCUCACAAAGACAUUUUCUAUUUUCUUUCACCUGCUUUUGUUCAUGGGAAAAAGUGUUUUAUAUAUAGACUUCUUCCUAGCACUUGAUACGUAGCUAGAUUGGAUCACAAGCAUAGUAUUUUUAACACAGGCCUUUGAUACAUGCCUCAUACAUUAUGUAGCUCUGAGGUAUGACAUGAAAGGAUGCUUUUCCCUAGGAUAGGCUACAGUGCUGCUUGUACUUGCCAUAUUUGUAUGAAUGUGUGUUGCUAUGUUGGCCUGUCUUGCCAGGAUAUAGAUGAAUAAAACCUUGUGUAGACUGUCUAUUUGAAGUCACUAGAAUGCAUGUUUGCUCUCAUGUGAUACCUUUGGAUUUCAUUCCCUUUCUGUAUACCAAUAGGCCACUUGUUAGUAUAAAACUUACUUUUUUUUUUUUUUUUUUUUUGGUUUUUCGAGACAGGGUUUCUCUGUGUAGCUUUGCGCCUUUCCUGGAACUCACUUGGUAGCCCAGGCUGGCCUCGAACUCACAGAGAUCCGCCGGCCUCUGCCUCCCGAGUGCUGGGAUUAAAGGCGUGCGCCACCACCGCCCGGCAAAACUUACUUUUAAUGAAUGGUUUCAGUAGUAAUACAGGGGUUUUCUAAUAUAAUAAUUUUUACUACUCUGAAAUAACAUUAUCACCUCACUUCUUGCUCCUUGUGAAUUCCAUUUCCUAUGUAAAAUUAGGAAUUUAUGUUGGAUCAUCAUUUCCUUCUUAUAUAUGACAUGAAAUCCAUUAUUCCUUUCUAUACUCAUGAAUCCAAAUUCUCACAGUCAACCAAACAUGUAUUCUAAUCAAGAGUGAGUGAUCAUCAGCAUUUUCCACCCUGCUUCUGUGAUCGUUAUUUGAUUCCUUUCAGUCACCAAUUUUUCCACCCCAAUUCUGUUAUUUUUCAAAUCAGAUUUUAUUACCAUUCUGUUUGUGAAAACGAGAACUUAGCAGCACAUAGGUGAAACCCUGGAGAUGUGUCUUUGUUUCUCAGAAUUUUCCAACAAAUAUUACAUGGAAAACACAGUCCUUAUCACAUUCCAAACUCUUUCAUUGGCAUAUAUUUUUAUAGAGCUCUUCCCCUGAAAAAAAGUGAAAUGCUGAGUAUAAUUGCUGUUGUCUGAUGAUAAGAUAGCAAUGAAAAUUUAUUUUGGGAGAAUGUAUCAAAUAUAAAUAUACAGUAUGGUAAAUAUCACAAUGUAGUGUUUAAGUACAUCAGGAGGAAAUGCAUGCCUACAGCCUAGAAUCUUUGGGAUAUUUCUCCUUAGUGGUAAAUUACAUAUAUAAGAAAGAGAUAGAAUAAAAGAAUAAUGUAUAUCACAGCAGUGGUUUCUGCUGCAUUGGUUUUGACUGCAUCAGCAUUUCUGUGGUGGACCUCUAUUUUCAGGGGAUUUAGAGACUUGGCCAUAAAAAUUUGCUUCAAGUAUAAAAGCCUUUAAAGAUUUUUUUUCUUACAUGUAUCUAAUUUUAAUCAAAUAUAUUUUGGUUUUAUAUUAUUGAAAGUAAAUGGAUGAAGUUUACUAGUUUAAUUUUGUGCUAAUAUCAACUUAAUAAGCUUAAUUUUUAAUGAAAACAAAAUAUAAUCAGUUCAUAGUCUAAUUUUUUAAACAAAUCAAAUAUUGUUGACAUUGAGAAAUUUGCCUGCUUCACCAGUGUGGUAUUUAUCUUCAAGAUGUUUUAAGACUUCAAUACCUAUUGUUAUCUUGAUUCUAAUAGUGAAUCAGUAUAACUGACAAUGAAUAUAGAUAUGUGAUAUCUAUAUAAGCUAUCUGAUAACAUAUAUUUGAGAAUAUAUAGUAAUGAUAUUUAUGUGUAUAUAUAUACAUAUAUAUUCACUAGACAGAUUAAGAGAAAGAAGAUUCCAUCAAUUAUUAAAUAAAUACCAUAUAUUUUUUCAAAUACUUUUACAGACAUUUAGCUUUCAGAGUCCAAAUGAGAUAUAAGCAAUCCAGAGGGAAGUUGUCUCCUAGGCAAACAACAAGUGUUUUACAGCUUCCCAUGAAAAUCACCUUUCAUUUAUAUAGUAUGGAUAUUAGGAAUUAAAACAUUGAAAGGAAAGCAAGAUUUAUUAAACAACAAUAGACUGUGAAGCAGAGAGAAAGGCCAGGAAGUUAGGAUUUUAGAUAGUUGUCUUGUGGUUGUCUAUACCUUAGCUUUUGCUUUAUUCCCUCGAUGUUUUCAGUUACAGAGAGAGUAUGAAGCUAUAACUGUGAGUUUCUGAGUUUCUUUCAUUGUACUUACACUACAUUAUCUCACUAAAGUUUUGAUAACAUGUACUUUUCUGUGUACAAGGCAUGAAAUAACACAUUUAUUUUCUCAGUGGAUUUUAAGGGUUGAAUGUUACGGUUUUGCCCACACAUGAUUAUAUAAAUUUACUCCAUCUUAAAUUUGGCAUUUUUUUUUUCCGAUUGCUUCUACUGACAAACACAAAGCUUGUUUGUGUGCAAAUAAAAGGCUAAAUAAAUGGUGCUAAAGUGUAUUAUGACUGUCAGAUAUAAUCAGGCAAAAUUUUGUGGUGCUUCAAUUAAUUUUUCAUUGAUUUUAUUGACCAGUGUGUUGAACAGUGUUUAUUCACAAAUUGUCUUUUAUUAGUAAACUUAAGGCUUCAUAGCACAUUGUUAAUAAAAUGGUUGCCUAGUUUGUGUAAUAGCUCACCAAGCUAUUAUCUCCUUGACUCCUUAUAAUGAGGCCUCAUUAAAGGUCAAGGGUCAUGCUAUUAAUCUCAUUCUAUAGAUCAGUAACAUGACUGAAUAUUUUCACAAGGUACUUAUGUUUACAACGCUAUAACCCUUUGACUGCUGUGGCCAUCUUAACCAUACAAAAGUCACAAGCUAGAAUCAUCAGCAUGGUUUUUGCCAUGGCAAUCAAAGAGUUAAGGGCUGUGCAGUUAUUUGUUUUGUAUUUAUUAAUUUAUAUUUAUUUCAUUUCCAUUCAAAAAGGGGUUUGGAUGGGGCAGUGUUUGUCUGCUGUAAGUGUCUUAACCUAGGGGAAGGUUAAAUGGCUUUUUAUACUGUUGCAUCUUCUGUAUUUACCAUCGAUUCAUUGUGUUGUAAUUUUAAAAAACUGUCAAUAAAUAAGAAAACCGAAAAAUCGUUCAUGGA